ACCAAACCAAACUUUGUUUUCUCAUCGAAUUUCCAUUAUUCAAACAAAACAAAUGGGUGAUCACAUUAAAAAAACUAUCGAAAAGCUACACGAGGCUGGUUGUUAUUUGAGAGAACCAGAACCAAUUCAACGGCCUAACAAUGAAUCUCUAAUCAGUGUGCUGGACUUGGAGAAGCAAAAGUUGAAUGAAAAGCGAGAAAAACUGAAAACUCGUAGACAAGAAGCAAUAAAAAAUUUGCAAGAGAAGGGGUUCCCCACAUUUCGUCCAGAUAUUGAUGAAGCAGAUCACUCAACUCUUUGUACUGGGAUACCUCCACAAAUUAGGCCAGUAAAGAACAGUUUGGUGAAUCCGGAUCCAGACAAGCCACAAAACCGGUUACCUCUCGAGUUGGAUAGUUCCAGCAGAGAAUAUUGCAUACUACAAAGGGAAACUAUCCCGUUACCUGAACCCUAUAUUCCCGAUCGCGUUGUUCGAUCUCGAUUCAGAGUUCAACAGCUAGAACCGCAGUCCGCCGAAUACAAAAGGCAGAACAUUUCGGAUAUCUUUCCUCAGAGAGAAGUGCAAGAAUUUGGCUCAGUGACGUCGGAUGAUGACCUGGCUAGGAGGCGCCUCAACACCACAGGUUAUCAAGAGGCGUAUGGGGAACCAAUCGUUUAUCAACCAAACACGUGCCGCCAACUGUUUCCCAUGAAAACAUUGCAGACACUCCCGGAUCCACUCAGAUCUAUUGAUGGCUGGUCCCCUUAUCAUCCUGCGACGUCUACUUGGCAACCGAAAAAUUUCAACUCCUCCAAGUUCGACAACAUGAUGCCUCGUUAUGACUUCAUCAAUGAGGACAGACCAUAUGAAGUCUGCUCGUACGCAACUAGAAUUGAUCAAAUUCCCACGUACAGUGGGUGUCAUGGGACUCGCGACAGACGUGUGCAAGAUGAUAACCCGUAUAAAACUUAUAAACCACUGAACAAAGUACGCAGUGAAGUGCCCGCAAGAGCAUCAUUGAAUCUACAGCACAACAUCCCGGGUUACACAGGUUGCAUUGUGGAUCAUGUGAAGACUGUCAACCCGACUAACGGCUAACUGGAACGUGCCAGGCAUCACUUGCAACACGGAAAACUCUCAAAAACUUUCAGUUGUGAUGUAGUAAGGUUGUCUACCGAAGCGAUACGACGCUAGCUACUGACCGUUUACACUCGUCCUAAAAAGGAUGCGUGUAUGCAACAUUAUCUGCUUUAUCGCUCGAGUUUUGUGGGGGAUGGUAGUUCACUCUGGAGGGGAGUUCCAUUAGGCUCUGUCUGAUCGCUCAUUUUCGGCUCGUUGAAACCUGACAAAACAUCGUUAUA